CAACGACGCUGGGUGAGGAAGGGGAAUGCAUGCGUGCGUGCUUGCGUGCAAGUGUGUUUGUGUAUGUGUGUGUGCGUCGAUUUUAUUGCACCGACCCCUUCACUCCAUUGCCACUGAAACAGCCUCUCGCCGCGGUCGAUUGCAGUGGUGGAUGAUUCUGAAAGAAGCGGGACACCAUGAGCGGCCAUGACGCUAAGUACUUCACCACCACUAAGAAAGGCGAGAUCCAUGAGCUCAAGGAAGAGCUCAAUUCGCAGUACAAGGACAAGAAGAAAGAUGCCGUGAAGAAGGUCAUUGCUGCGAUGACCGUUGGCAAGGACGUAUCUAUGUUGUUCACAGACGUAGUUAACUGCAUGCAAACAGAGAAUUUGGAGUUGAAGAAGCUGGUGUAUUUAUACCUCAUCAACUAUGCAAAGAGCCAUCCUGACCUGGCAAUUCUUGCCGUCAACACGUUUGUUAAGGAUUCCCAAGAUCCGAAUCCUCUAAUACGAGCACUAGCUGUCAGGACAAUGGGUUGUAUCAGGGUUGACAAGAUUACGGAGUAUCUGUGCGACCCUCUACAAAGAUGUUUGAAGGAUGACGAUCCCUAUGUUCGCAAAACGGCAGCCAUUUGUGUUGCCAAGUUGCAUGAUAUCAAUGCAGAGCUAGUAGAAGACAGAGGAUUUCUUGAGGCACUAAAGGAUAUGAUUUCCGAUAGCAAUCCAAUGGUUGUUGCUAAUGCUGUUGCAGCACUUGCCGAAAUUCAAGAAGGUAGUAGCAAGAGCGUAUUUGAGAUCACAAAUCACACGCUUUUCAAGCUUUUGGCGGCUCUUAAUGAAUGUACCGAGUGGGGUCAAGUUUUUAUCUUAGAUGCUUUAUCUAAAUAUAAAGCGAAGGAUGUCCGAGACGCGGAAAAUAUUGUAGAACGCAUUACUCCUCGCUUGCAACAUGCAAAUUGUGCUGUAGUAAUGUCUGCUGUCAAGAUAAUCUUGCUGCAAAUGGAACUUAUUACUAGCACGGAUAUUGUGCGAAAUCUGUGUAAAAAGAUGGCACCACCUUUGGUUACACUUCUAUCAGCAGAGCCUGAGAUCCAGUAUGUGGCUCUGCGUAAUAUUAACCUUAUUGUGCAACGACGGCCAGGCAUUCUUGCACAUGAGAUCAAGGUGUUUUUUUGCAAGUAUAAUGAUCCUAUUUACGUGAAGAUGGAGAAGCUGGAGAUCAUGAUCAAACUUGCCUCAGAUCGUAAUAUCGAUCAGGUUCUUUUGGAGUUCAAGGAGUAUGCUACAGAGGUCGAUGUUGAUUUUGUGAGGAAAGCAGUACGAGCCAUAGGUAGAUGUGCUAUAAAGUUGGAGCGAGCAGCUGAACGGUGCAUCAAUGUUCUCUUGGAUCUCAUUAAGAUCAAGGUUAACUACGUUGUUCAAGAAGCAAUUAUUGUGAUCAAGGACAUUUUCCGGAGAUAUCCCAACAUGUACGAGUCGAUCAUUGCUACGCUUUGUGAAAGUUUGGACACCCUCGACGAGCCUGAAGCAAAGGCAUCGAUGAUAUGGAUCAUAGGUGAAUAUGCCGAGCGAAUCGAUAAUGCAGAUGAAUUACUUGAAAGUUUCUUAGAAACUUUUCCUGAAGAGCCUGCGCAAGUGCAAUUGCAGCUUCUUACUGCCGCUGUGAAAUUAUUUCUAAAGAAACCUACCGAGGGACCUCAACAGAUGAUUCAGGUUGUGCUUAACAAUGCUACGCAAGAAACUGAUAAUCCAGACUUGCGUGAUCGUGCAUAUGUGUAUUGGCGUCUUCUUUCCACAGACCCUGAGGCUGCAAAGGAUGUUGUUUUAGCGGAGAAGCCCACAAUCAGUGAUGACUCCAACAACUUAGACCCAUCUCUUCUGGAUGAUCUGCUGGUUAAUAUUGCCACACUUGCAUCCGUCUAUCACAAACGCGCUGAUGCAUUUGUGACUCGCGUACGAGCUGUUGCUCCAAGAGAGGGAGAUGAUGAGUACGCUGAGGGCGAGGAUUCUGGGUCUGGAAAUUCAUCAGCUCCAGUUUCUGAGAUGGCCCCACCAACUCCACCCUCUAUUGCUGCAGAUGCACCUGCUGUUGGAAAGGGGCCAGUUACUGCCCCACCUCCUGUACCUGAUUUGUUAGGUGACCUGAUGGGAUUUGAUGGUGCCCUUGUACCAGUUGGACCUGCAACUUCAGGAGUUUCGGCCGAGCCUCCUCUACCUGUACUACUCUCAGCAGCAUCUGGCCAGGGCUUGCAAAUCUCGGGAAAACUGAUCAGACGGGAAGGGAAAGUGUUCUACAAUCUCAAAUUUGAAAAUCAUACGCAAACUCCUCUGGAUAAUUUUAUGAUUCAAUUUAACAAGAACACCUUCGGUCUUGCUGCUGGAGGACCUCUUCAGGUUCCUGUUAUUCAACCAUCAGGCUCAGCGAGCACCCUGCUGCCAAUAGUCCUUUUUCAAAACGUAUCAGAGGGUUCGCCUAACUCUGUGCUUCAAGUAGCUGUCAAGAAUAACCAACAGCCUGUUUGGUACUUCUCCGACAAAAUUCCAUUGCAAUCACUUUUUGUUGAAGAAGGGAAGAUGGAAAGGGCAACAUUUUUGGAGACAUGGAAAUCACUGCCUGAUUCCCACGAGGUCGCUAAGGAUCUACCCAACGCAUUGAUCUCAAAUGUUGAUGCCACUCUGGAGAAACUUGCCACAACCAACCUUUUCUAUAUCGCUCGACGGGUUCUCAAGGACACCAACGAAGAGGUUCUAUAUCUCUCUGGCAGAGUGCCACCAAGCAUUCCAUUCCUUGUAGAACUCACCUUCAAAACAGGCGUCCCAAGUGUCAAGUGUGCAGUGAAGACACCAAUUCUUGAAAUGGCUUCAUUGUUCUUUGAAGCCAUUGAGUCCCUAUUGAAGUAGGAUGUGAAAUGUAAGGUGAUCUCUUUAGUGUAUACUACAACUGGUUCGUUUAUAGGAAUUAUAGUCCAGUUUUUGUUCGCUUUUAAGAUUUUGAUGCUUCAGUUCAGGUUAGCGUACUCAAAAUUGAUUGUUGGUACCGCCGCUAUUGGGAUGUUUUACUAGAUCAAUAAUUUCCAACAUUUGAGCAGUGCAUUUUUGUCGAGGGAGAGCAAAUUGUGCUAGGAGCUUUACUUCUAAUUUCUCCUCUGUAUCCAAGUGUGUCUUCCAAGUCAUGGACGAGGAUUUAUAUUCACAACA